AUGGAGGCAUGUAUCUCACUGCCAUUGGAAAAACCACUUCUAGAUGAAAUAGUGGUUCGGAGUAAAGACUUUGCUAAUAUGCAUGGGAUAGUAAUGAGAAGACCAGAGACACCUACCUCAUCAGAUGUUGUAUGUUUCACACCUCAUACGUUAGUGCCAUCUCCUGUGCCAAAGAAAUUGUUUUAUCAAUCCUUGGCUAUUCAGAAUGACUUCAAUCUGUUGAUUCAUGCUAUGAGUCAUGAUUAUGAAUUUCUAAAGUCUGUAUUAAAAAGUUCAAUUCAACAAGAGGAGUUCGUGAAAAGACACUUUGACAUUUAUGAAGAGGUGUACAUACACAACACACCAUGUCAGCCAAUAAUAUUAGGUAUGUUACGAAGUGACUAUGUGCUGGACUGUGAUGAUCUGGAGAAUAUCUCAAACAAUAACAUUAAAAUAAAACAAGUCAAACUGUUCGUCACGUCCGCUUCUAUGGCUGGACUCGGAACCCAAUGUACUCGUCUUCACCGGUUUAAUCUAGAAAAUCUCGGAAAACAAGAUAUUGCAGCCAAUUUGCCAGAAUGUAAAGCGGUGGAAAAUAUGGCCAAAGUAUUUGCUGAAGCUUGGAGAAUGUAUGGCAAUAAAAAGGCUGCCAUUAUGUUAAUCAUUAGACACAAUUCUACUACUGUCACCGAUCAAAGAUGGUUGGAAUAUGAAAUAAGACAUCUUGAUAAAUCUAUCCCGAUUAUAAGAAGAGGAUUUAAAGACAUCAUUGAAAGAGCCAAACUAGUGGACAAUAAACUUAUCAUAGACGAUUAUGAAAUAGGAAUUGUGUAUUAUAGGACUGGGUAUUUAAUUGAACAUUACCCAACAGAUAAGGAAUGGGAAGCACGUCUUAUGAUUGAGAAAUCUCUUGCUAUCAAAUGCCCAUCUAUCGGUUAUCGCUUGGCGUGUAUCACUGUGCUAAAACAAGAAAUCUUCAGAAGUGGUUCAAUUGAAAGGUUGCAAAAAUAUUUCCCAGAUGGAGAAGAUGCAAUAAAUCGAAUUCGAGACCUAUUUCCCGGACUUUAUACACUUGAUAUGGAUAGUGAGGGGUCUAAAAAUGUUCAAAAAGCUCUGCAAAACCCGAACAAAUACGUGUUAAAAUCAAGAAAACUUGAAGGAGAUACCUUAUAUGAUGAGGAUUUAGUAUCCAAGCUGAAUGAACUGGGUGAAGACAAAAGAAGAGCCGAGUACGUCUUGAUAGACAGAAUAAAACCGCCUGUGGUAAAGAACUAUAUAGUGCAAAGUGGGAAAGACGUUGAAAAUCGAGAAACGGUCAGUGAAAUUGGAAUAUUUGCUGCAAUUAUAAGUCAAGGUGAAAAUCUGCUCAUUAACAGUACAUGUGGUCAUAUCCUGAAAACAAAGACAAAAUCUUAUAAAGAAGGAGGUGCUAGUGUUGACAAUGCAGUCGAAUAUAUUGAUAGUCCAUUUCUUGUGUAG